AUGGUGAGAGUCAGUGUGCUGAACGAUGCUCUCAAGAGCAUGUACAACGCUGAGAAGCGUGGGAAGAGGCAGGUCAUGAUCAGGCCUUCUUCCAAGGUCAGAUACAUUGGCGAGUUUGAGUAUGUUGAUGAUCACAGGUCUGGCAAGAUCGUGGUCGAAUUGAAUGGCAGGCUGAACAAGUGUGGUGUCAUCAGUCCUCGCUUUGAUGUUGGUGUCAAGGAGAUUGAGGGAUGGACUGCAAGGCUCCUGCCUUCUCGUCAGGUCGGAUCUUGGAUCAUUAACUUGAUGUACAUUCUCCCACCUGAUUUGCAGUUUGGCUACAUUGUGCUGACAACUUCUGCUGGGAUCAUGGACCAUGAGGAGGCAAGGCGUAAGAAUGUUGGUGGCAAAGUGCUAGGCUUUUUCUACUGA